CAAGCAAGGUUAAAUUUGACAAAUUCAAUUCAUUGCCGACGACUGAUUCCAAUUAAUUAUUUUUGUUUUAAAUUAAAUAUUUUUUGUAUAUAAAAGAAAAUGGCUUUAAACAAACUCAGCAUUGAUGCUAUUAAUCUAAAUGGCAAAAGAGUACUAAUGAGAGCAGACUUCAAUGUGCCGCUAAAAGAAGGUGUGAUUACAAAUAACCAACGUAUAGUCGCAGCUUUGGACUCCGUAAAAUAUGCCUUGGAUAAAGGUGCUAAAUCUCUUGUUCUUAUGUCUCACCUUGGACGACCAGACGGACAAAUCAACCUUAAAUACACCCUAAAGCCGGUCGCUGAUGAACUGAAAAAAUUGCUAAACAGAGAUGUAACUUUCCUACCAGGCUGUGUAGGACCUGAAGUAGAAGGUGCCUGUGCUGAUCCUCCAGUUGGAUCAGUCAUUCUGUUAGAGAAUCUCCGUUUUCAUAUUGAAGAAGAAGGCAAAGGAGUUGAUAGCAGUGGGUCAAAGAUUAAAGCUGACCCUGCAAAAGUUAAAGAAUUCAGAGCCAGCCUUAGAAAACUUGGCGAUGUUUACAUUAACGAUGCUUUUGGUACUGCUCACAGAGCACACAGUUCUAUGUUGGGAGAAGGAUUUGACCAAAGAGCCAGUGGAUUCCUGCUAAAAAAAGAAUUGCAGUACUUUGCCAAAGCCCUUCAUGAACCUGAAAGGCCUUUCCUUGCAAUUCUUGGUGGUGCUAAGGUGGCAGAUAAAAUUUUAUUAAUAGAAAACUUGUUGGACAAAGUUAAUGAGAUGAUCAUUGGUGGUGGUAUGGCUUACACAUUCCUCAAGGAAACCAAGGGCAUGGCUAUUGGCAACUCUUUGUAUGAUGCAGAAGGCGCUAAAAUUGUUGUGAGACUUUUGGAAAAGGCUGCCAAAAACAAAGUGAAGGUUCACCUUCCAGUGGAUUUUGUUACUGCUGAUAAAUUUGAUGAGAAUGCUCAGGUUGGCUCCGCCACUGUUGAAAGUGGAAUCCCUGAUGGAUGGAUGGGACUGGAUGUUGGUCCAAAAUCAAGACAACUGUUUGCUGAGCCUAUUGCGAGAGCUAAAGUCAUUGUAUGGAAUGGACCUGCUGGCGUGUUCGAAUUUGAGAAAUUCGCGGGUGGCACCAGAGCCCUCAUGGAGGGCGUCGUGAAAGCCACCGCCAAUGGAACUGUCACUAUUAUUGGUGGUGGUGACACUGCUACUUGCUGCGCCAAAUGGGGCACGGAGGACAAGGUUUCACACGUCUCCACCGGUGGCGGAGCAUCACUUGAACUUCUUGAAGGUAAAGUGCUGCCCGGCGUGGCUGCUCUCUCCGACGCAUAAAUUAAGAAAUGCAAAAAAUAUCGAAUGGAAUAAAUAAUAAUUAUUUUUUCAUAAGCAUAAUAACGUAUUUAAGCCAUAAUAAAACCUGAUGCAAUUUUUACCAUUUGUAAAAACAGUUUAAAAUGUAUAUUUGGGCAUAAAAAAAUGUAUGUAUGUAGUGGUUGUUUAUGAAAUGUCUUGUGAUUAUUUAUAAGAUUAUUUUUAAAUAUACGUCGGUUAUAUUAUACAAUAAUCGUUAUUUUAUGUGUUAUAGAAAAUUAAAUAUACUUAGUAAACCAUC